AUGUCCUAUGAGCUGUUUCAGAUUUACCAAAUGAUUUAUUUGAGUGAUAUUUCUGGUAUCCAGUUUGCAGUGUUCUAUUACCGUUUAACAAUAGAAGCAUCGCAAAAAAAAUGCUCUAGAUUGUAUCAUAUUCGGACAAUGUACACAUAUCUGAUUCAAACUAACAGUUAUAAUGUGGAAAUCUUUGAAAAUACGAUAGCCAGUUAUUUCAUUUAUAUAAAAAGAGCAAAUUUCAGAUGCAAUAUAUUCUUAAACUCGGUCUACAAUGAUGGUUAUAAGUGCAGGGUACUGUUUGCAAGACGGACUACAACCGAUCCAUUCGAUUUUUUUAAGCGCAUGGAAAAUGACUUUAAUGUCGAGAAAGUUACGGAGUGGAUCCUGGGAAAAGAGAUGCCUUCGACUCCUAUAAUUGUGAUGGUAGCGCAAUACGAUUAA